AACAGAUCCAUUCGAAACUCUACAAAAUGUGGUAUCAAGGACAACAACCAUCAUGGGCACCUUCUGGUUUCCAAAUUCCUCAACAUGGUCAAGAUCAACAACUCAUCUCUCAAGCACAAUCUACUUUCCAACAAUACGACAAGGAUCACUCCAAUUCCAUGAAUAAGAAGGAAUGGAAGAAAGCUGCUCAAGAUAUUGGUCUCGCCAAGGAAGAAAUCAAAUUCUUAUUUAAACUCGUUGAUCAUGCCAAGAGCAAGUCCAUUUCCCUCUCCGACUUUAUCAAUGUCUAUCUUUUCGUCACUGGAGGUGGCAUGUCCUAUCCAGGAACCAAUUAUUCUGGUCCACAUGGAUCCUACACUAUCCACUCAGCCAAACAUCGUUCCCUAUUGGCCAAUCUCAGAUCUUGUCAUUCCAAAUACUUCUGUAUCGAACCAAGUGGUCAAGUUGUCGCCAAUCGUGAUGCCAGUGGAGCUUGGGAAGCAAUGACUUUGAUUCACAUUUCUGGAAAUGAUUAUGCAUUCAAAUCAGCUCAUGGAAAAUUCAUGUGUGCUGAACCAAGUGGUGAAAUUAUUGCCAAUAGAGAUGCUUUGGGUCCGUGGGAAACUUUCUCAUUGGUUCAAUCUGGAAAUCAAGUGGCAUUCAAAUCAGCUCAUGGUAAAUUCUUGUGUGCUGAGCCAUCUGGAUUAGUUAUUGCUAAUAGAGAUGCUUUGGGACCUUGGGAACAGUUCCAAUUUUCAUUGGCUCCAAAUCAGAGCAUUUCAUUGAGACAUCAUCAUGGUAAAUUGUUGUGUGCUGAAUCAAAUCAUUCAAUGGUUGCCAAUCGUGAUGCAGUUGGUCCUUGGGAACAAUUCACUGUUGAACAUCAUGGAGCUGGAAAGAAUGCAUUCAGAUCUGCUCAUGGUAAAUUGAUGUGUGCUGAACCAAGUGGUUUGUUGGUUGCUAAUCGUGAUGCUGUUGGACCUUGGGAACAAUUUAGUGUUGAAUUGCAUGGAAAUGGAGCUAUUGCAUUGAAAUCUGAACAUAAUACCUAUGUUUGUGUGGAACCAAGUGGAGAUAUUGUUGUCAAUAGAAGUGCUGUUGGUGAAUGGGAAAGAUUAUCUUUCAAUUUGUAAAAUAUUCGAAACUCAUAAACUAUAUCCAUAAAAUAUUAAUUUUUCAAA